AUGGCGAACGAAACUCUUCAAGUGAAAAGUAGGAAUCCGGCGAUUUUUCAAUUACAAGAAGGCGGCGAGUUCUAUAUGAUUGGAAGCGAAGUUGGCCAUCGAAUGGGUUUCAUGAAAGGAGCUCUCUACAAGAAAUUCCCUUCACUAUGGCGCAGAGCUCCGACGAUCGAAGAAAGGAAAAUUUUGCUUUCUUUAAAUGUUGGCUACAACAGUAUGUCAAAUUCGAAUAUUAUGCUGGUAAAGGCAUCUGAGAUUGAAAAAGUAAUCAGAGGUAGUGGAGAGCAGUAUAUGGAAAAGUUACCCAACUCGCCAACUGACCGAAAGAUGAAAGACAUUGCUCAGCGUUUUAGACGACCAAAUUUUCCUGGAGCACUUCAUUUUCCAGGAAAUAUUUCUCGAGAAGCGCUUAAUUCUUCAGUUCAACAUCUUAGUGCAGUUUCUUACCAAACAAGAAACAACAGCAAGUCUUGCAGCAGAUUUAGUUGGAAGGCUCGUGAAGAACUACGGAAAAAGAUCUUGCCAAGUCUAAGGUAG